AUGACGACUACGCACACCCCGCCGAGGACCCGUUCGCAGGCCGCGACAUCCGUAGGAACGGAAGCGGGCGCGACCCAUCCGCUGGAUGCGGGGGUGACGCUAGCAGAGAGUCUUCAGACCGUCAUUCAGGAGGUCCGGCUCCUGCGUGAGGAACAGGCGCAAAGGGAGAAGGAGUACGCUGAGACGUUUCGCCGGCAGGAGGAGGAGCUCCGUUUUCUCCGAGAGAUGAACUCUGGCACACAAACACAGCUAAGUCAUUCUGAUAAUAGAGCGUCUGGAGACUCGGGGACGCGAGUCGCGGGCGGCGCGGAAGCGCGAGACGCGCACGCGAGUGAGGGGGACGCGAUCCCGAGCGGCGUGAGGACACGAAUACACGCGAGUGAUAGUGUCGCGGUCGCGAGUGCCGACCUGGGGUACAAAUUGAAACCCGACACGUACGACGGAACAACCCCGUUACAAGAAUACUUCUCGCAAUUGAGUUUGAUCGCGCGUGCGAACCAUUGGGAUGACGCGACGAAAACUGUUGUGUUAGCCUCGAGUUUGAGGGGAAAAGCGCGCUCCAUUUUAGAGACUGUGCAAGAUGUCGACUGUCUAGAUUUUGCAGAGCUGGAAGCGAAGCUUGAGCUACGUUUUGGGGAGGGUCAUUUAACGCAGAAUAGUUACUCCGCUCUCACCAAUCGCAGACAGAGGUUCGGGGAGGAUCUAGCUACUCUCGGUUCCGAUAUUGAGCGUCUAUCUCGUCUUGCGUACCCCGAGUGCCCCUAUGAGAUUCGUGAUAAGAUUGCUUGUUCGCAAUUCGUUUCGGCUGUGUCCGAUAAUUUUGUUCGACGUACGUUGCAAAUAGAGGGGAUAACCUCAUUAAGUCGGGCAGUCGAGCGAGCAAAAGCAUUGAAAAUUAUUCAAGGAGAGGGUUUCAUCCGCGAAAAAUUUAAUCGAAAUACUCCGAAAGAAGGACUGGAAGCGGACGCGAAUCAUGGGAAGGGAGAGGGCGAUAAAGAGUGGAAAGAAAAGGGGGAGGAAGGUCAAAAAGGAAAUAGCCGUGGUAGCAAAUUUAACGCCAGCCGCGGGGAAUGCUGGACAUGCGGGAAAACCGGACAUUUCCGAUCCGAGUGCCCCGAGCAAAACGGGAUUUAA